CUUAGCUUAACCGAUUUAAAAUUUGACGAUUUCUUUAUAACAUUACGCUUCCUCGAUACCGAUUCCUCUUAAUAUUUAAAAAUGCAGUACUUGCAAGUUAAAUGUGAAAUGCAAAAAUUCUAUAAUUGCAUUUCAAAAAUAGAAUUAUAUGUUUUCUUUUACUCUCUGAUAUAUGUAUGGUCAUUGUACAAUAUAUCUUCCUACUCUAUGAGAAACGGGUACAAACAGAUGCGUGGUCUUUUGUUCUUGGCAAACAACAGAAACAAUUGCUGCUGCUUUUUGAUAAGUGGUCUUCCUUACCUCUGCUUGUUCUUCUGUUAUUUUGAUCGGUUUACAAGCAGACAACUAUAAAACGCGGCAGCAACGUCAGUAAAGGUAAAGACAGCAACUUGAAGACAGAAGCAAGAUGGUUCUUGCUCGUUGCCUGCUGAUCCUGGCUGCACUACUGCUAACGUCCGUAUCCGUCCAAACGCAGAUCCUGGGCCGUGGGCAUUGCCGCCCCACCUUAAUCAGAGUGCAAAUGGGUGGGACUGUGUGCGAGCGCCCCUGCUAUCGCCGGGACUACCGCGGACCGCCGCUCCUCUGCCGUCGCGUCGCCAGAGAUGGUGUGGUGCCCGUCUGCGGCAACGGUUGCUGCCUGAGCGGUCCUAACUGCCUGCGGCUGUUCUACACCUGAAGUCGGCUGUAAACGAUGCAAGAAAAGCAUUGAAAUAUAUUUAGAGGAACAAGCACUGCACAAUCUCAAACUAAAUGAGAUAAGAUAAAAUUAUGUGUAAUGUUACUAAACAUUG